AUGCUCAGUGCAACAACGCCUGGGCAUGCCCAUCCUUUCUCACAUGCGCUACUUGCUGUGGUUUCCCCCACCUCCCACCUGCCUUCCCACCCACAGGUGUACUUCUCGGUAUACGAUCAUCUGAAGGAGAUGCUCAGUGCACCUGACUCAUCACUGGUUAACGUGCGGUUCCCCCCACCUCUUCACCACCCCCCUCUUCACCCGCUUCUUCCCCCCAUCCCCCCCCGGCAGGUGUACUUCUCAGUCGUCACAGCAGCAGCGGGCGCCGGUGCCACCACUGCCAUCGUCACCAAUCCCCUCUGGGUCGUUAAAACCCGCCUGCAGACCCAAGGGCUGCGCCCUCACCGCCUACCAUAUAAGGGCACGGUGUCGGCACUGGUGCGCAUAUUCAGAGAGGAGGGCGUGGCAGGGCUGUACAGCACCCCAGGGCACACAGGAAACAUCCUCUCCUUCCCCCUUUCCCCUUUCUCCGCUUCUCUCCUGCAGUGGGUGGUCCCAGCACUGGCAGGAGUGAGCCACGUGGCCAUCCAGUUUCCCCUCUAUGAGCACCUCAAGCAGACCAUGGCGGAGAGAGCACGCGUCCUCCUUUCCCUCCCUUCCCCUUCCCAUACCUCGUUUCUCUCCCGCACCUUCCAACCUCGUUCCCCUCCCUCACUCCCCCUUCCCCUCUUCUCCCACUCACCUUGCAACCUUGCUCAUUGCCCUUUUUUCCCUCACAAACCCUCUAUUCUUCCUCCCAGCGGGGUGGUGCCAGCACUGGCAGGAGUGAGCCACGUGGCCAUCCAAUUCCCCCUCUACGAGCACCUCAAGCAGACCAUGGCGGAGAGGGCAAACACCAGUGUCGAUAAGCUAUCUCCCAUCGACCUCGCUCUGGCGUCUGCAGUCGUGCGGUCGCGACUGCAGGAGCAAGGCCAAGCAAUCGCAGCAGCGGGAGCAGAUGGCAGCGUGCCCCGCUAUCUUGGUGUCAUCGAUUGCAUACAAAAGAUUAUCAAAUACGAAGGUGCUCAAGCCCCCCUCCCCCAACCUCUCCCCCCAGUGCCCCACAACACCCUUCCCAAGCUCCCAUCCCCUCUCCCCACUUUCCCCGCCAACAGUUCCAUGCCCCAGCGUGCUACCCACCCGCCACAUCUUUCCCACCCCUUUCCUUCCCACCCUCCCAGCUCCACGGCUUCUGUUGGUUUCUUUCUGCUUCCUCGAUUCUUCCGUGCAUUUGUUAUUUCUGUGAAGUGGAGGUCUUUGACUCGACUUGGCAAUCACACAGCGCACCCUCUUUUGUCCGAACCAGUGCUGUCUUCGAACCGCUUUUUUCAUCGAGUACGAGCUGAUUAUUUGAGCAACGCAGCUGUCGGCAGAGCAUGGAUCUUGAACAGCGCUAAUGUCGUGGUGGAGACGGUCAAGAUGGACAAUUUGGCAAAAUUGUGCACCGUUCUGGAGCCUUUGCUUCGACGCGUGGUGUCUGAAGAAAUUCAAAAAGCGUUUGCAACUUACCAGCCGUUAUCGACCUCUAAGCCGCCAUUACGCAGUCUUGAAGCUCCUAAACGACUACCAGCCAAUGGCGUCAAGCGGGACCUGCGGCUACAAUUCCGCAACAAGUUGGCACUUCCUUUGUUCACCGGAGGGAAGGUGGAGGGCGAAGGGAAUGAGCCAAUCCGAGUUUUUCUUCAAGACGGAGAGACAGGUGCUGUGGUUACCACAGGACCUGAGGCCAAUCUGAAGCUUGAAGUUGUGGUGCUUGAAGGAGACUUCAGCAGAGACGAUGAGGAUGAUUGGCUACCAGGAGAGUUCGACCAGUUUUUGGUGAAAGAGAGAGAUGGCAAGAGGCCGCUUUUGACCGGCGAGACCUUUGUGGUGCUGAAAGAUGGGCUCGGGGUCAUGGGUGAGAUCACGUUUACAGACAACUCCAGUUGGAUCCGGAGUCGCAAAUUCAGGCUGGGAGUGAGAGUGUUGCCAGGCCAGGUUGGGGAGAGCAGGGUACGAGAAGGGAAGACAGAGGCGUUCACAGUCAAGGAUCACCGUGGAGAAUUGUACAAGAAGCACUACCCGCCUGCUUUGACAGACGAAGUGUGGCGGUUGGAUCGCAUAGGCAAGGAUGGCGCCUUCCAUAAGCGCUUGAAUCAGGCUGGAAUUUUCACAGUAGAGGAUUUCCUACGGCUUGUUGUCAUGGACCCACAAAAACUACGAAAUAUUCUUGGUUCAGGGAUGUCAAACAAGAUGUGGGAGAACACAGUGGAGCAUGCAAAGACUUGCGUGCUGAACGGCAAGCUGCAUGUGUACUAUGCGGAUGACAAGCAGAACAUUGGUGUCAUCUUCAACAACAUUUUCCAACUCAUGGGCCUUAUUGCAGACAGCCAGUACAUGUCCGUGGAUCUUCUUUCUGAGAGUGAAAAGAUUUACGUGGAUAAGCUGGUCAAGGUUGCGUAUGAGAACUGGGAGAAUGUUGUGGAGUAUGAUGGGGAGGCUCUUAUAGGGGUCAAGCCAAGUGUAUACAUGAGAUGGGACAUCUGCUGCAGGUUAUUAAUUCCCUGGUUGUACAGAAUAUAG